AUGAGCGAAAAGAUAUUCCGGUUUACAGGAAACAGUGGCGCAGAGGACCCAGGACUCCGUGAGGGUAACGACACAUUAGGAAUUCUUUUCGAGAAUGGCAGUAACAACAAACAACCUGGAAAAAGUUUAGAACCCUCAAAUCCAGACACAGAUUUGACAAAGUUUUGUGAAAAUCUCUCGGCAAAGAUUUGGACAGGAUGGAAGUCAAAACAACAAAAAGACAAGAAGAGCUUGGAAGCAUUCCUUUCAGAUGGGCAAAGUCUGUUCGACCACAUGACGUUUUCAACCCCCGAACAAUGGUCAUAUAAAACUAUAGUCGCUUCCGAAAACUUCGGUAACAUACAGCUUCCUUUCCACAAAGCGAGUCUGGCUACCUGGUGGAAUAAUGGCUCAACAUAUGGAGAUUCGGCAGCAAUCGCACGCGCCAAGAAACGAAUGGUUUUAGCUUUGGAGCCGGAAUAUGAGAACUUGACACCAAAACUGAAAGAUACAAAGCGAAGGCAGAUCAAUAGAUACAUAAUUCAGGGUAACGUCAUUUCCCAGAUGUUCCAUCUAACGCCAGGUUUGGUCAUCACUGCCUCUGAUUCUAUAUCAACAACUGAGUAUGAAACUCUAUGGAAGAACAAGGAAAUUCCAUCUAUCAAUCAGUUUAGCUGGUUAAGUCAGGAGCUGAUCGAAGACUCUAAGCGGUAUUCGGAACCAGUACAACGCAUAUUCACUCUCCUCCAUUCCAAAUUUCAAUCUAUACAGGAGCAAGGCACAAACCCUGUCGUUAGUUUGACUCUUCUACGACCUUCAGUACAACCCGAAUCUAGUACCGACAUUACAUUGCUUGGAGACUCUAUCGAAACAAGUAAAAACGCUACUAAACGGCGGAAAAUCUCAAAACAUGGCAUGUCCACAACUCAGAUGCAGAUGUGCAGCAAUUACGAUGAUGAUCAAAACGGUCACACAUCUAGUUCCGAAGCUGCACUUUCUGAUAUCCAAGGAGGGCACCAAGCCCCCGAUGUUACUCUUGCAGCAAAUGUCCUUCACUCGCUCCAGCAUGGCAGCCAAAGUCAUGUGAACUUAGUUGCAACAGGUUUCUCGCCUCUAAUGCGAGCUCAAGCAUCGUCAUUCGCCUCGGGUACUUCAGAGAAAUGCAGCACGGCAGUGUCUAGUGUGGCAUUUAUAGAGGUGAGCAACGCGUCAACAGAAGAACACCAAGCAUUGAGUGGUGGCAGCGGCAAAUUUAUCAUGCAAUCAUCUCAUUCAUCAAUGAUUGAUCUACAUCGCUCGAACCUUAGUCAACAGCACUUAUCUAGUCAACUUGAUGUGCUGUCAGACGGACCAGCAGAAAAUUCGCCUCGAAAUAACGUAGAUCUGCCGGACCGAGGCUUAGACAAUGAGCUCGAGUCGCCGCUAACGACAGUUGCAGAUGGGUUAUUUUUGAGCGACUUUAUGCAGGAAUACCAAGACAUUAUGUAA